AUGACUGGAAGAUUAAAAGAUGCAAAUAAGAGUAAAAAUUCAUUAGUUUCUUCUAUUUCACAUGAAUUUCGUUCUCCUUUAAUGAGUAUAAGUGGAUGUAUAGAAUUAUUAUUAGAUACAAAAUUAACAGAAGAUCAAAUACAAUAUUUAAAAACUAUUGGAUGUUGUAGUUCAAUAUUAUUAACAUUAAUAGAAGAUAUAUUACAAUAUUCUAAAUUAGAAAAAGGUAAUUUAGAAAUUGCCAAUUCAAUUGAAGAUUCUUCAAAUCAUUCUAUAUUUUCAUUAGGUGAAUGUAUUGAACAUGUCAAAAGUAUUACAACUACCUAUGCUCAAAAUUUUAAUGUUAAAAUUAAUGUACAAAUUAGUAAAUUUAUUCCUACUUUUGUAAUUGGUGAAAGUGUUAGAUUACAACAAGUUUUAAUUAAUUUAUUAACAAAUGCUGUUAAAGCAUCAAAUUCAAAUGGUAUUGUUACUUUAAAAGUUGAAACUAUUGAAGAUUUAAAUGAAAUUAAUUUAAAUAAUAAUAUAAAUUUAAAUGAAAAUAAUAAUAAUUUAAAUAAUAAUAAUUUAAAUUUAAAUAUAAAUGAUAAAAAACAAUUAGUAACAUUUAAAAUAAUAGAUAAUGGUAAAGGUAUACCUAAAAAUGUACAAGAAUUAUUAUUUAAACCAUUUUUUAGUGGAUUUAUAAAUUCAUCAACAAAUUCCAAAUCAGCAGUGAUGGGAACUGGAUUAGGAUUAUCAAUUGCUAAAAAAAUA